UUUUACCUCUAAAAUAAAUAAACUUACAAUAAAGCUUUUCAAGUUAAAUUUUCCACCUCCCACCUUUAAAGUAAUUAACUUUAAAAGCAGUUCUUGGGUGUAGGCUAUUUUUUGGUCCCUCUCUUUUCCUCUAAGCCUAUAGACGUUUUAAUAACAUUUCUUCAGAAUUGUUGUGCGUACAAGUACGUGCGGCUUGCCCACAAACGUGUGGAGGGCUCCUCAUAUUUUUUUCCCCCCUUAAAUUAAUAAAUUCCAAUUAGAUGGAAAUGAGGAAAACCUAGCGUUGCUCUGUUGUAUAUUCAACGUUAGAGGGCGAAUGCGCUAUAUAUCACGUAUCACGUAAUACUAUUUUCCAGACACAUCCAUUUGUAAAGAUCAUAUCAUUCCCAUAUAUAUUAUUAUUUGCUCUUCUCUAGUAAUGUUUACGACUAUCAAAUUGCCCGAUUUGAAAAAACUUCGACAUCCCAGUCUUAAAAUUAUCCUAUUUUAAAAAUUAUUUUCAAUUGAUGCUUAUUUAAUAUAUUUUUAUUUAAUAGGAAUUAAGAUAUAAUUUAGAACUAAAAGAUUUUUCUACUUUAAAACAGGUUGUGAGUAAUUAUGAGAAAAAUAAUCAUCAGCUCAUUAUUCUUCUCAAAAAGGAUUAAUUUCAGAUAAAAAUUCAUUAGUUUUACAAGAAUGGGAUUAGAAUAUAAUGAAAAAUAUUAAAAUGCCCAUAAAAUACAAACGAGGAUCAAUACACAAAAGGCCUAAAAAAUGCAAAAAAAGAAUUUUUCCCAAGCUAAUCAAAAUAUGGAAACAAUUAACCUACCACAUUCCAAUACAGAAAACACUCAACUAUAUGGCACUCAAGUUAAGAUACCAGAGAGCCCUCAAUCAAAAACUAUUUCAGCUACAUUCGAAUUCUCUUCAUCUCAAAAUAUUUUAAAAAAUAUAUUAGGCACUCAAAUUAAGCUACCAAAUACAACCAAAACUUUAGACUACACUGGAUAUUCUCUUCAAAAUCUUUCAAAUUUUUUUAAGGAAACCAUAAAUAAAACAAAUAAUUAUAUAUUUAGAAUGUUUAUAUUAAAUUUAAAAAUACAUAGGAACCAAAUACAAUCUAAUAGAGCUUCCAGAAAACAAUACAAUCAAGAUUUCAAAAACCUAAUAAAAAGCAAUUUAUAA